GGCCGAUGCGGGGAGUCGCUCUGGCUCGCCCUCCGCUCUCUAUGGUCGGGAGCGCGAGCCUCUCCUCUUCCCGGAACGAGCCCUCUUCCUCGACGCGCGCGCUGCGCUAGGAGGGAGUUCCGUUUCCGGUCUGGUGGCUUUCGAUUUUUGGCGUUCAGUAGUCGCGGUUGGUGGGUAACAACUGAGCCAAGAUGUUGCGGAAUCUGCUGGCCCUUCGUCAGAUUGCCCAGAGGACCAUCAGCACCACUUCACGAAGGCAUUUUGAAAACAAAGUUCCAGAGAAACAAAAGCUGUUUCAGGAGGAUAAUGGGAUGCCAGUUCAUCUGAAAGGCGGGGCAUCUGAUGCCCUUCUCUACAGAGCCACAAUGGCUCUGACACUUGGUGGCACAGUCUAUGCCAUCUAUCUGUUAGCUAUGGCUGCAUUUCCCAAGAAGCAGAACUGACGUCGUCAUCCCAGUCUUCACGUGGUUCUGUUUCAUCAAUGCUCGAUGGACCAGGAAUCUGAUGAGUAACUGAGCUCUUUGGGGAUCAAUAUUUAUUGAUGUGUAUUAACUGCCACCAAUAAAGCAGUCCUUAACCAUU